CAUCCUCUCGAGUAUUGAGUCACGAGUGCGCUUUAUAGCUCUCACCUUCGUCAACGCAUAACAACUUCUCCAACCCAUAAACCCGUCAUAAAUCUUCUUGGCCGCUUUGCGAGGCAGACACCACCACCAAAAACCCUCGAGCAAUCACCAACCAUGGCAUUGUUACCGAACCCAGUAACCAUUUCCCGUAAAUCUCCACUCCUUUUCAGAUUCAUGAGCCACUCACUCAAACCCACUUCUCGUAUCUCUAACCAGACCAAAAUUCCCCCACACCCACUUCAGAUAAGUGGUUUCAGGAGCUGUUCUUCUUCACUCUGCUCUCAACCAGUUUCUUAUACUCGUUGGGCUUUGUUUAAAGAUAUGGGUUGUAAGGGAACUGGGUAUGGUUUAUUGGGCAGUGAUUAUUUUCGUGUCUCAGCUGUGUCUGAUGGCGGAAGUGGAGGGUUUGGGGGUUCUGGUGGCGGAAAUUCCGGUGGCAAAGGUGGCAGUGGCAAAGGUGACGGCGGCGGUAGUAAAUGGUCCUUACUCUCCUGGUACUUGUCUCUACUUGAUAAGCAUCCCGUGUUGACGAAAGCUGUGACUGGUGCAUUGCUUACUUUAAUUGGUGAUUUAAUCUGUCAGAUAAUGAUUGAUCAAGUGCCAUCACUAGAUCUGAAGAGGACAUUCUUAUUCACCCUGCUAGGGCUGGUCUUGGUGGGUCCUACAUUGCACUUCUGGUACUUGUAUUUGAGUAGAUUGGUUCCAUUGUCAGGAGCGUCAGGUGCUUUCUCGCGCCUUGUACUUGACCAGUUCCUCUUUGCUCCUAUAUUCAUUGGAGUUUUCCUGGCUUCAUUAUUAACACUUGAGGGGAGGCCAUCAGAUGUGGUGCCGAAGCUUCAACAGGAGUGGUUCUCUGCUGUUCUUGCAAAUUGGAAAUUGUGGAUACCUUUUCAAUUCCUCAACUUUCGAUUUGUACCACAACAAUUCCAGGUCCUUGCUGCUAAUGUCGUUGCUGUGGUCUGGAACGUGAUUCUCUCGUAUAAAGCCCACAAAGAGGUGCUUCGGAAAUAGGACUGCAGCUAACUCUAUUUCGCGGCCAGAUCAAUCCUUUUUGCGCUGACUCAAGUUUCGAUUUUGCUCCAAGUCUUCCAACCCAGAAAUCUAAACCUGCACAUCUAAGUAGUGCUUACUCUCUCUCUCUUUUUUUUCCCUUGAUCGGAAAUUAGUGCUUAAAUUCGAACGCUUGGUUUUGGUAAGGUUUUCGCAUGAAUUUCUUUUUUCUGGUGUUUGAAGUCAAUGAACUUGAAAUGUAAGCCGCAGGGGUUUUGUAAGUUGGGUUUCUGUUGAUCAGUUAUGAUCACCUUCUCUUCUUUC